UAUGGUGAACCGAGCAGCGCAGUGUUAUCAUUUGAAGAAAAGAGUUGGUCGCCUGUGAACACGGUGAACUUAAGCAUAAGAGGUUUAAGCUUAUCAGGAUAUAGGAGUGCACCCAGCUUACACAUUGGUGGAUAGCUCAGUUAGGAGCGGAAGUAACUGAAAUAAGCAAGGGAAUCACUGGUCUAGCGAAGCACCCAGCCACGGAUGUGUCUGUACUUGGGAGUGGUGGAGCACCUGCUGGAUGUGGUGGCCUACUGCAUGUGCCGUGUCCUGGAGCUGUCCCUGUUCGCCUGCAUGAUGGUCUGCGGCUCCAUGAGGGCCAAGCUGUCACACGGACCCACCAACGAGCUCGAGCAAUGACCAGGACACCAGGAGUGCUGCUAAAAGGAUGCGCGCGUGUGUGUGUGUGUGGGUGUGGGUGUGUAAAAUUUAAUAAAGGCAACUUUUCUAGUGGCGAAUAAAUUACAACUCAUAUGUG